AUGAAGGUUUCCAAUGUUUUCGGUUCAAAUCCCUGGUCGAGAAUCCAUUUCCCAUUGCCGCAGACUCCUCGCCAGUCUCAACAGCUUUUGAAUGCCCUUACGUCCUCUUUCCGUCGCGAACUUGAUCGUGAACAUCCUCCCACCGCAUCCUCUCCAGACGAGGUCUCCGGUGUCAAUAAUGCCUCUAAUGGGCAUCGUCUGAACGAGGUUCAUCCUCAAUCCUCCGUUCAUGCUACCGAACAACAUCUCCGCACACUUCUCGAUAAUCCCCUCUUCCGCGUAUCGCUCUCCACACAUGGCGUCCGGUCCCAACCACAGUUAGAUGCGGACGGAUUAAGGCCUCGGAAAGAACCUAUGGUCAUUUUCGACGAACUUGUAGCCUCCGGGUCUGCUACUGUGGCGUCCGUCUCAGAUUGUCUCAAUUGGCAGCUGUUAAUAGCCAGCCGUCACAGCGGCGAAGAGUUUGUCAAGGCACUCAGGGACUCUCAGGCAGGCUCCAGGGUCUUUUCCUGGUGGUCUUCUUCAGAUUCGAUGACGAAACGCGACUUUAUCACAAACGUAAGAGCGGUGCGCAGCACAUGCAAGGCUAUGGCUGCGGAGGGGCUACAAAGCUCGGUACUGGCUUGGCUGAAAAUGUUAGGCGACUGCAAUGUUGGUGGCUAUCCAACAUCCACACGCUUCGCGGAAACAAAUUUCAAGUAUCUUUUGGGGAAUUUCCUCAAGGCGGAAGUCGAAUGCGGCGGCGGAAUAGGUUCUUCUCUACGUUUUUAUCUCGACGCAUGCAGGGUACUCGUGCCAAUGAGUGAUGGGAGACCGAGACUGUCCCUGAAAAUAGCUCUUGGUGCACCAGCGGCCUAUCUCAUCGACAACAUCGACAGAUUUUUUCUGCACCAGAAUACCGAACUUCCUAUCCCAGUCGACCUAUACGAUGAAUACGCACAGAUGGUAUCUAUGCUGGAGCUCGGUAAGCUUCAAAGCGCCAUUAUAGCCAUCCACCACCCAACGCGUCCAGAUGCACAGCCGUUCGUUCAAUUUCUGCACGGUAUACGGCCAGCAGAUUUCGAAUUGUGGCCUCAAGCUCGGCGUACCAAAAUUGUGCGAAAAGCUUUUGAUGCACUGCGUGUUUUAACUGAGGCUGGGAAGCCAAAAGACGUCUUAUAUGUGACAAAGUUCCUGGCACAGCAUACGCAGCCAAUCCACACAGCGCAAGGGCCCAAUUCACCGCCCGUGGAGGAAGAGCCGCUACGCGCCCUUCUAGACCCGAAAUUGGCCCUUUGA